AUGGCAAGCUUCAACAAGGUCAUCCUAAUGGGGAACUUAACCCGUGACCCUGAAGUAAAAUUCCUUCCGAGUGGAACAGCUGUCGCGAAUUUUGGGUUGGCUAUGAAUGAAAGCUACACCGAUCAGCAGACGGGUGAAAAAAAAGAAUCCGCCUGUUUUGUUGAUGUAGAAGCAUGGGGCAAGCAAGCUGAGAUUGUGGGUGAAUAUUUCACUAAGGGCAAGCCGAUUUUGGUUGAGGGUGCCCUCAAAUAUGAUGCGUGGGAAGCCGAAGAUGGCACUAAGCGGAACCGACUCAAGGUCAGACUUAUACGGUUUCAGUUUGUUGGCGGGAAGCGCGAUGAAGAUGAAAUGGGUGGUGGUUAUGCCGAUGCCCAACCCGCAGCUGCACCAACACAAUCCGCAUCUUAUCAAGAUGCACCGGCUCCCGAAGCAAGUAGUGCACCUUCCGCAACAGAAGAUGAUAUCCCGUUUUAA